AUGACCAAUGAGGAGGAUGAUUCCUUUGAAUAUGUCCCGGAUGAGCUACAUCUUUCAAAUGUUGACGAAAGUGACGACGUAGAACUGCUAAGUUCACUGGCAGUUAUCUGUAAACAGGAAAACCUAUUACUCCUGGAUGAUUUUAACGCUCCUGGCAUCGAUUGGAUGAGGCCUGGAGUAAAGGCCGCAGCAGCACCUUUCAAUUAUCAACUACUUCAGUUUUAUUUGGAUGAAUAUCUCAUUCAACACAUAGAAUUCACAACCCGACUGCGA